AUGCAAAAAGCUUCUUCAUCGAGUUCGCUCUACAACAACAACAUGUCAUCAGGAGUGGAAGUAUCUUCAUCGUCGGGAUCUAUAACCAUGUCCGAUGAUUUAGAUUUGUUGGUAAUAUUAUUGGAUGUAAAUCCCUACACGUGGGGAAAGAGAAAAUUAGAUUUAACCAACGGAGUGGCAACAUCAAAGAAUUUAAUUUCGUUUUCUCAAUUUGUCAAUCACUUGUUGGUAUUUAUUAACAUGUAUCUGACCAUGCAAAGGAAUAAGAAAAUUGCAGUGAUAGCUAGUUCCGAUCAUAGUAAAUCUCAUUUUCUCUUUCCAAAUAGAAGUACUUUCACUAAAAAAGACACUCAGAAUUAUAACAAAAUUUAUUCCAAAGAGAAUGGAAGUGUCUUGAAUCAAGCUAAUUCGGGAGAAGAUGUGAAAGAUUUCUUCUUGAAUGAAAUCACUUUUGAGACCGUUUCUAAUUCCAUCUUGAAUGGUCUUUUUCAAAUGAAUGAAGAAAGCACAGCCACGGAUGACGAUCAAGCCAUGGCUGAUCAGGAAGAAACAACCACUGAAGAUGCUUCAGGAUUUCAUCAUACUGUGUCCCGAACUCAUGGCUUCUCUCUGUGUGGAGCUCUUACAAUGGCUUUAUGUUUUAUUAACAGACUAGAAAAAGAGAAACCAGAUGGAACCACACUCAACUCUAGAAUUUUAACUUUUCAAGUCUCACCUGACAUUUCUUCGCAGUACAUUUCAGUCAUGAAUUCGAUCUUUUCUGCUGAAAAGAUGGGAAUUACAUUGGAUGCAUGCGUAUUAUCGACACAGGAUUCCACAUUUUUGCAACAAGCCUGCUUUUUGACAGGUGGCAUGUAUUUAAAACCUCAAAGACAAGAAGGUUUGAUUCAAUAUCUCACAACAAUAUUCAUGAUUGAGAAGAAUCUUCGAUCAUAUAUUCAAUUACCUGUACAGAAUACUGUUGACUUCAGAGCAAGCUGUUUUGAAACUAGAAAACCCAUCGAUGAUGGUUAUGUGUGUCCGGUUUGUUUAUCCAUUUUUAGCAAAUUCAAACCUGUGUGCUCUACCUGUGAAUCUAAAUUGCAACGACCAACGAACAGAUCCAUCUUGUCCUUUAAAUGA